AUGUCUGGUCUGCCAUCCAAUGUUGUAGUUGGACUGCAACCUAAACACUCAGCAAUGAGCAAUGACCGCAUUAAUCACGCACUCGAUCGCGUCCGCAAUAUGCGCAAGAGUGAAAGGGUGGUUGGACUUUGGGAAAUUGGUUUAGAUCACUCGGUGUCUGAUAAACAGUGGCCACGCCAGAAUUAUUUAGUGCGGGCAAUGCUGCACAUGAUAAGUGAUCGCCAUGUUGCGGUUGUUCGCUGUCGUGGAGCACCUGGUGACAGUGGAGUGGAGGCCUAUCUUUUGCUCCUGCACCUUCUGAGUCCCAUUUCAAGGACUCAGAGAUUCCAUGUUCAUUGUUUUACGGGCGACACCUACGUGUUAACGAAGUGGCUUGAAGCCUUCCCUUACACCUGCUUUAGUUUCAAUAGAAAUGUUCAGGGAUUUAGCCCUGAUUAA